UUUGUUUGCUUGUUUGAAAAAGAAACGGCGGAUGGGUGUGUAGUUGUGUGUACCUACUUACUGUAUACAGAUAACUAAAUAACUAAUAUUACUGUGUAUUCUGAACGUUGAAACAUUAAUUGUAUGUCACACCAUUUAAUUCCAAGUUGGGUUCAUAUCUUUUAAGAAAAAUUACAAACCGUCACAAUGUAUGUAAAACUAAUGUUUGUUUCCCUUUUAUGUACCUUUCAAACAGUUGUUUCGAUAAAAUGCUACCAAUGCGCGUCUUCUCAAGAUCACAAAGGGGAAGAUACAUGCGGAGCAUACAGGAAAUUCGAUAGAGAAAGUCACAUAGCUGUAGACUGUGGUAGCGAUGAAUCUCACAUGCCAGGAGCAUUUUGUAUGAAGUUAACUCAACAAGGACCCAAAGGGUUCAUUUGGGAUGGCAGAUGGCGUCAAGUUAUAAGACGAUGCGCAUCUGUAGCUGAGACUGGAGUGACCGGUGUCUGUAACUGGGGUGUCUAUGACAACGGUGUGUACUGGGAAGAAUGUUACUGUACCUCAGAUGAAUGCAAUGGUUCUACGAGUGUAUCUCUCUCAAUUGCAUUAUUCAUGGGCUCAUUGAGCAUAUUGUUUGGCUUGUAUAAGGUCUAGAUUUUUUAUUUAUUUAGGUUUAAAUUAAAGGAGGCGGUAUGUAUUAUGGUAGAUUUUGCGUUAGAGAUUUUAACAGUACUGUUUUAUUAGUAAUAUAGAAUCCCAGCUCUAUAUAAUAUCAUGUAAAAAAAGGCAUACUUAUAU